AUGGCACGACGGGUAAUGACCUUGAGCAACCGGCAGGGGCAUCAGCAGACCAGGCAUCAGAUCAGCUCUUGGGAAGCGAUUGGUUCCAGAAACCAGUCUCUUGCCUACAGUGGAAGCAAACAGCAGCUGUUAGUCACACAAGAGAAGACGGAACAGGGGGCAGAGACAGGAUCAGCAGUGUUCACGACGCUUGGUGCCAUGGCAUCUGGUUCACCACCCCUGUCGGCCUAUUCCCGUCAUACGGGCAGCCUGAAAUCCAUCCACUCGGCAGGGGCGGGAAGAUGCUCGGCUCCUCUUCUCGCGUGGCGUGGUCUCAAGAACCCCUGUUCUCUCACGGGUACCCCUCAGACCGGUGAAAUACAAUUCAGCACGGGUGCAGCCCACUUCCUCAACUUCCUCUCACCGAGUCUUCUCACUUCAGCCUCGACUCCCUCGACAGACCGACCGACCAGCACAGGCUACGCCAAUCGCCAGCAACAGAGUUUCUAUCGGCACGCUCUCUGA